ACACCCUCCACAGAACAUCCCUAAUUCCCUCUUCUUCUUCUUCUUCUUCUUCUUCUUCUUCUUCUUCUUCCUCUUCCUUCUUCGUCCCGACUGUCCCUCCACCUUCAUAUUGAUUCCGCCCAGAUCAUCCUCUCCUCGCUCUAUCAAUCCCAUCUCGACCCUUCAAACUCCAUCUCUCCCACUCCCUAUCUCUCAAACCCACUACCCACCUCCAUUUCCCUUCUUUUAUCCCCUUCGUAGCCCAGACUUCCAAUUGGGCGCAGCAGGAUGAGCAGAACACUACAGCCACCAUUGCUGACUCGGAACAUGAAGAAGAAGGUGAGGUUUCGGCAGCCGAAGAGGGCCCGGUGGCUUCCUACGCCGCCGCCGAAGAUGGGGAUGAUGCAAUUGAGGCGCAGGAGCCGUCGGAGGACGCCAAAGUGUUCGUUGGUAACUUGCCGUACGAUGUGGAUAGUGAGAAAUUGGCUAUGCUCUUCGAGCAAGCUGGAACUGUAGAGAUUGCUGAGGUCAUUUACAACAGGGAGACUGAUAGCAGCCGUGGUUUCGGAUUUGUGACCAUGAGUACUGUUGAAGAAGCUGAGAAGGCUGUCGAUAAGUUCAACAACUAUGACAUGGGAGGGAGGUUCUUGGCAGUUAACAAAGCUGCUCCCAGAGGAUCAAGGCCGGAGCGGCCUCCCCGUGUGUUCGAACCUGGUUGCAGAGUCUACGUUGGGAACCUACCAUGGAGCGUCGAUGAUUCCCGCCUCGAGCAAGUCUUCAGCGAGCACGGCAAGGUCACAAAUGCUCGAGUAGUGUAUGACAGGGACAGCGGCCGGUCACGUGGGUUCGGGUUUGUGACAAUGGCUGAUGAGAAGGAGAUGAACGAUGCCAUUGCCGCUCUUGAUGGACAGGUAUAUGCAUCUGUGCAUUUACGUGAUAUCUUUUGCUGGUACUUUGUAGACUGUAGUGAUAAAGAGUGA